AUGUUGUUAUAAUGAAAGACUUUGGAAUUGAAAACUAAGCCAAAACCAAAAGGAAAAAUUAAUAGAGAGAGAAAGGGUUUUGAUUUGAUCAAUGACGUCAAGGAAGAGCUUUCUCACAAAGCAAAAUCUCAUUUUUCCAGCUACCUCAAAUACCCAUUUCGAUAAAAAAGAAGAGGGUGUGUUUGAGUUUGAUGAAGCUGAGUUAUGGAACCCUUGCAGCCCUACCAAGAGGGGUGCUAAUAGCAUUUCAGGUUUGAAGAGAGCUUCAAGGAAGGUGGAUGGAAGAGUAGGCCCAAUGGGCCCGGCCUCAUUGCCAGUGAACAUACCCAAGAUCUUGAAGGAGGAACACAAGGGGUAUAAAAAGUGGGAGAGUGAUGAUGAUGAUGAUGAUGAUGAAGAUGAGAGGCAUCAAUAUGGAGGAAUUAAGGUACCCCCUCAUGAGUAUCUAGCUAGGACUAGAAGUGCUUCUUUGUCGGUGCAUGAAGGAAUUGGGAGGACUCUCAAAGGUAGGGACUUGUGUAGUGUUAGGAAUGCUAUUUGGAAAAAAGUUGGUUUUGAAGAUUAAUUUAAUUAAUGUAAAUUUGCUAUCACAAAUGGCUUAUCGGAAUCUCAUUGAUCUAAUGUGAUUUUGCUUGGUUGUUUUUGCAACAUCAUACUAGUUCGUUGUGAUUUUGAUAAAUUCAUCGUGAUAUCAAUCACACAUAGAGAUAAUGGCUUAUGAAAUGGAUAUGAAUCCAUAACUUUUUGGAUUUUGGUUAAGGUGAAGAUUAGUUUGAUGACUAGUAUUAGUUAGCUAUAUGUCUAAAAAUUAGAUCUAUAAAAGUUUUAGUAUGUCAUAGUUGAAAAUGUAAUAGUUCGUGAGACUUUUUUUAUUUAAUGUUGAAAAUGAACUAUUCUCAUUUUGGAGGCCUAACAUUUUUGAAGGACCCCUCAUGCUUGUAACGAUUAAUGUUAAUGGAUAUUAUUGAGUUAAAGUGUAUGGCUUCAUGAACUUUAUUUCA